GAGGCGGCGGCGGCGGCCGGAGCUGGAGGGGGAGGAGGGGAGGAACCUGAUCUCUCCAGCAGCGAAGGGCUGGAGGCAAACACCGAGUUCCCCCAGAGCCGCCCGGGAGCAGGGAGGGUUCCGCUACCCCGGGAAGCCCUCCCCGCGGGGCAGAUGAGUUCAAUAUCCAGACUCUCUGAGCCAUGUUUUGGGGUCACCCAAGCAUUCCAUCCUCCUGACUUCCCAUAAACUUUUGGAUUCAUAACCCACUCCAUACUUGAGAACAUGGGGAUUGGAAUAAGAAAACAUGGUGGAGUGCCUUCUCUGCAGCAGACACUGUCCUGGAUGCUUAGGGGCGAGUAGCAAACAGACAGGAACAUUUUAGUGGAUAAGCCAAAUGACCAGUCUUCAAGGUGGUCUUCAGAGAGCAACUACCCUCCCCAGUACUUGAUUCUGAAGCUUGAAAGGCCUGCUAUAGUCCAGAAUAUCACAUUUGGAAAAUAUGAGAAAACUCAUGUCUGCAAUUUGAAGAAAUUUAAAGUCUUUGGUGGAAUGAAUGAAGAAAACAUGACAGAGCUAUUGUCCAGUGGCUUAAAGAAUGAUUAUAACAAAGAAACAUUUACCUUGAAGCAUAAAAUUGAUGAACAGAUGUUUCCUUGUCGAUUCAUUAAAAUAGUUCCACUCUUAUCGUGGGGACCCAGCUUUAACUUUAGCAUCUGGUAUGUUGAACUUAGUGGCAUUGAUGAUCCCGAUGUAGUACAACCCUGUCUCAACUGGUAUAGUAAGUACCGUGAACAGGAAGCUAUUCGCCUUUGCCUAAAACACUUCAGACAACAUAACUAUACAGAGGCCUUUGAAUCACUGCAAAAGAAAACCAAGAUUGCCCUGGAACAUCCCAUGUUAACAGAUCUGCACGAUAAGUUGGUACUGAAGGGUGAUUUUGAUGCUUGUGAAGAAUUGAUUGAAAAAGCUGUAAAUGAUGGCUUGUUCAAUCAGUAUAUCAGUCAACAGGAAUAUAAGCCACGAUGGAGUCAAAUCAUUCCCAAAAGCACCAAAGGUGAUGGAGAAGAUAACCGACCAGGAAUGAGAGGAGGCCAUCAGAUGGUUAUUGAUGUUCAAACAGAGACUGUUUAUUUGUUUGGUGGCUGGGAUGGAACACAAGAUCUUGCUGACUUCUGGGCAUACAGUGUGAAAGAGAACCAAUGGACAUGUAUCUCUAGAGACACUGAGAAAGAGAAUGGUCCUAGUGCUAGAUCAUGUCAUAAAAUGUGCAUUGACAUUCAACGGAGGCAAAUCUACACACUGGGGCGUUAUUUGGAUUCCUCUGUGAGGAACAGCAAAUCUCUGAAAAGUGAUUUCUAUCGUUAUGACAUUGACACAAACACAUGGAUGUUACUCAGUGAGGAUACUGCUGCUGAUGGAGGACCGAAACUGGUGUUUGAUCAUCAGAUGUGUAUGGACUCAGAAAAACAUAUGAUCUACACCUUUGGUGGUAGAAUUUUGACAUGUAAUGGCAGUGUAGACGACAGCAGAGCCAGUGAACCACAAUUCAGUGGAUUGUUUGCUUUCAACUGUCAGUGUCAAACCUGGAAACUUCUUCGAGAGGACUCCUGUAAUGCUGGGCCUGAGGACAUCCAGUCUCGUAUAGGACACUGCAUGCUAUUCCACUCAAAAAAUCGUUGCUUAUAUGUAUUUGGUGGCCAGCGAUCAAAGACCUAUUUGAAUGAUUUCUUUAGUUAUGAUGUGGAUUCUGAUCAUGUAGACAUAAUAUCAGAUGGUACCAAGAAAGACUCUGGAAUGGUUCCAAUGACAGGAUUCACACAGAGAGCAACCAUUGAUCCAGAACUGAAUGAAAUACAUGUCUUAUCUGGACUCAGCAAAGACAAGGAAAAGAGGGAAGAGAAUGUCAGAAAUUCAUUCUGGAUUUAUGACAUUGUAAGGAAUAGUUGGUCUUGCGUCUAUAAGAAUGAUCAAGCUGCAAAGGAUAAUCCAAGUAAAAGUCUUCAGGAGGAAGAACCAUGUCCAAGAUUUGCCCAUCAGCUUGUAUACGAUGAGUUACACAAGGUUCAUUAUUUAUUUGGUGGGAAUCCAGGAAAAUCUUGCUCCCCAAAGAUGAGAUUAGAUGACUUCUGGUCACUGAAAUUGUGUAGGCCUUCAAAAGAUUACUUACUGAGGCAUUGCAAGUACCUCAUAAGAAAACACAGGUUUGAAGAGAAGGCCCAAAUGGAUCCCCUUAGUGCUCUGAAAUAUCUACAAAAUGAUCUUUAUAUAACUGUGGAUCAUUCAGACCCAGAAGAGACAAAAGAGUUUCAGCUCCUAGCUUCAGCUCUGUUUAAAUCUGGUUCAGAUUUCACAGCUCUAGGCUUUUCCGAUGUGGAUCACACCUAUGCUCAAAGAACUCAGCUCUUUGACACCUUAGUAAAUUUCUUUCCUGACAGCAUGACUCCUCCUAAAGGCAACCUGGUGGACCUCAUCACACUGUGACUGAAGAGUACCUGGACAGAAAUGGAGCACAGGAGUCUGCUUUCAGUAUUCUGGAUUUCAACUCUAUUGACUGACAAUUAGGCUGCAGUGACUGAGGACUGCACCAGAAUUUUGAAGGGAUCUUUGCUGUCACAAAUUUUAACCCUCUUCCUUCACACCUGACCUCAACCCCAUAGUCCUCAUCCCAUUCCUAAAUUAGGCUAAUAAAGUGAAAUCGGUAUACUUUCCAUUUAAAUAUAUAUAUAUAUAUUUUAUUACUUUAACUUUUAAGAAUUCAUGAGUAUAAAAGAAAAAAUCAGGCAGUAUACCCUUUUCUGAUUUUUAUUUCAUUUUUAUAAAAUUGGGGCAAGUAAGCACUGUUCACAGACUCAGUGCUACAAGAAUUGGAAUUUUGUUGUUGGGUUGUUUGGCCUUUCUUCUUUCUCCUUCCCAUUUCACUUUACCUUGAAUCACACAGCUGCUUGUAAGUGAUAUGUAUCAUUUGUUUACCUCUUCAUUCUUAACAGUAUAUAGUUCUGUAGGGCAAUUGAUGUAUGUUUAAGUGAUAUAUGUGUCUCCGUUGACUAGAGUCUUGUAUUACAUUAAACAGUAGGAGGAACAGAGGGCUCUAAUUUACGCUCCUUGUCAUAGAACUAAAAAGUGAAACCUGAGAUUGAUCCACACACUUAUCUGAGAUUGGUAUAUAGUAUUUCUAUAAUGAUAUAUUUUAUAGUGGGUAUUACAAAGCUUUGAGUCACAGAAACCUUAAACUGAGGAGAGAAUAUAGUUCAGAACCUUUAAGAGCCAUUCUCAAAAUUACCAGCAGGAGGAUUCUAGUUGUGAUUAGCAUGUUCAUUGAUAUCUCUGUAGUAAUUUUGGAAGAAAAUGACUCAUUCCCCUGGUAGAGCUGUGCAGGACCAGGGCUUCGAUUUCUUCCUUGUGCUAUCUCUUUAUAGCAUUUUCAUUUGGGAGGAUGGGUUCCAGAGCUACGUUUUUGUUUAUUUUCAUACACAUUAGCUCCCUACAUCUGCUUCUAUAUACUGAUAUUUUAAAGAAUAAUGGUUUGUAAUUGUCCAGUGGAAUACAGCUGACAGGCAUUUCAUUAAACACAUAGACCAGGCUUUUUUAAUGGAGAAAAAGAAAAAUAAUGGUGCAAAUAUUUUUUAUUAAACUAAAAGGCAGAUGGGCUUUUCCACUGUUCCUUUUUUUGUGAGGAGUGGUGGUAUGUAUUGUUCCAUGAGGUGCUGUGGAAUGCAACAUAGGAAAUUUAAACCUGGCCAGUGCUUACAUUUGCUCAAAAAGUGUGCUGUAUGCAACUGAUACCCACCAUGCUUAAAGCAGGCUAAGUGUAAUAAAUGUCCAUCAGUCCAGUGGCUCUUCCAAGUGAAUGACUUUAGAGAAUUUACUGUGUCCCCGAAUAGCAAGAUUAGGCUUCACCAAAGAAAGAAGAAAUUGAAUUGCACUUUUGAAAAGUCUCAUGUAUAGGAAUGAGACUUUGAGGUCCCUCUUCAGUCUGUCAUUAUUGCAUGGUUUCACGUCUUUGGGGGAAGGACAGAAGUAUAUUUGUCCUAGUUCUAGGCUUGAAUCUUGGACUGCUUGGCUUUCCAAGCAUCCCAAAGCAAUCAGUAGUGAUUUAUUAAACAAUUAGAUUUGUUCCUUACCUUGUGAAAGAUACAGUACAUAAUUCAGUAAGUACCAAGUUGUGUAGCUGCAGAAUAACCAGUUGACUUUACAGGUGAGCAAAUAGAAUCUGCCUACAUACUUAUGCAGUUUCAUUAAAAGAUUUCCCUGACAGUCAAGAACAUAAAAUAUUAAUAUUGCUAAUAUUGUAGCCUGUUGAACUCAUUUCAUGGAAACAGGUUGAUAGGAAAGAACUUGAUAAGAAUUUCUAAAUGUAAAAGCUCUAGUUUUGCUCACUGUGAAUUCUGGCACUUCAAAAACCCUAACCAAAUGAAAUUCUGCUUCCCUCCACCAUUUAUUUUUAUAGUGCUUUUUUUGGUCAUUUUUUUCCAUUCCUUAGAUUCCAUAUUUGGAGGAAACUCAGUUCUUGAACUCAGUGAUUUUGUUUGUUCUUAUUUUUCUCUGACUCUCUACUGGUUGUUUUCUAAACAUGCUUGUUCUAAUUUCAUCUUUCCUCACUUGAAGUGGAACCUUUUCCCUUUUCUUCACUUAACAGAAUUUUUUUUUUCACUAACAUGUUUAAAUGGGGUUGAGUCAUAGCAAACUGUUCAGUGUUGCUUAAGUGACAUAGACUGUAUUUAGGAAGUUACUGACUAGGUAAGUCAAAAUUUGUACCCUGGGGCUUUAAUGAGGCACUGCUGGUAAUGAUUGCAGGAGAAUGCAGGCUUCAUUAUAUCCGUGACCAAGAUUGACACAUUGCUCACUUUCGACAUCAGAACCCUGAUAUGAAACUUGUUUAUAUAUUUAGUGAGGAGCUACAUGUAUUUCCAAGUAUUCCAGCACUAUAUUAUAAUUUAAAUAAUCUAAUUUGGUAUUUAUAUACAUUGUUUAGCCAAAUAUCUAUGCUUUACUACUUAAAAAUUCUUUCAUUCUAGCUUAGCCCCAGAUUGAAACAUUAGUUAGUGCAUUAGUUAGGGUACAGUUUGCUCAGUGUCACUAUCCCUAGCUUCAGUUUCAUCCCCAUUUCUCCUUUUUCCAUGGAAUAUAUUAUUCCAGAAUAAUAAACUAGAAAUAAUUUAACUAGAAAUAAACUAGAUCUCUAACAUUUUCAGUGCUUAUACGUCAUGAGAAAUUAAUUAUCUGAUUUGCAAGAUACUUUCAAAAUGCAGUUGCAUUUUGUGGAAUGACAGAGACCUCAUGUGGCCAGCUUGAUUAAUUCACAUAUAUCAAUCUCCUGUGAAGCAAAGGAAUUCAGAUUUGGGUGCCUAACUCUGUGCUAAAGCAGACAGUAUUAACCUUUAGCAAGAUUGUCUUUUCAGACCUGGUUUUCAUUAAAACUGACUUAUCCAUGUCUAAUAAGUAAAAACUGAUAGAAAACAUUAGAAAGUUAAUACACUGAUUUAUCACAGAAAAGCUUGUUGGCUUUAGAGCUCAGUGAUUUGUUUAAGAUUGUAAACUGCAUUCUUUGGUGAAAUAUGUCUUGAAUAUAAAUGGUUUGCUAGCUUAUCUUUCUAGUGGAUCUUUUCACAUCUGCCUUAAAAGUGCUAUCUAGAGAUACAUUAGCAGAGUUUCAUGUAAUAAAACAGUUUUAAAAUCUAAUUUAUAAACAAAAACUAGUUUGAGGUACUUAAUCAUUGGUGAGAGAUUGAGAAUGAUGCUUAAUGAAUCAGAAAGCACUUAGAAAGGAGUAUGUUUCUGAUUUUAUUUUCUGAAUUAAACUCAGUGUCAUGGAAGGAGUUACCCUAUAAUUAUUCUUAACACAAUAUGAAAUUCAUUGGAUAAUUGUGGGUCAUUUAAUUUUUUCCUGGGUGAAUGUUGUGUUAACUCUCUAGCUGAUUGAAUGUUGCAAAGCAGUUGAGAAUUAUGGUUUGAAGUGAUUUCUGUGAGAGAGGAUCAUUACAAUGUGUACUUUAAACAACGUCAUCUAGCUGUAAAAAAUAUUCCCUUUGUAACCCUUCUUUUCUGAAAAAAUACAUGUUCAUAUGUAAUUUCAUCCUUUUGCAGAAAUUCUGGCCUGAACUUUCACUAACUUUUAAAUUCUUAAGAUAGUCCUUAAUCUAAGAUAUGCAGGCUCCCUCAGAAAAAGUUCAUAGUUAUUAGAGGGGUAAUCAUAGAGGGUCUGCAUAUGACAGUAGUUGUAGUUUAGAUCUUUGCGUUCUUCCACUCAAAAUUUUUGUAUUCCUUAUUAGUCAAAUAACAUUAUUCUUUUGUGAUUUUUGACUAUGGCCUACAUGUCCCUGUGAUUUGUAUUAUUGCUGAAAUGACAUUGGCUGCCCAAAACUUCUAGUCUAGAGGUAUUUCAGUUGAAGAUGGAAGUUUCAAAGUUUGUUGAAAUAAUUAAUUAGGAGCCACCUAGAUCAGCUGAAUGAUGUCACCACCAUUUGUUUUGAUGGGGAGGACUCAUGAUUGUAGUUUAUUGAUUUCUUCACCAGAUGCUCUUUUUAUCUUUCAAAAAACCCGCUAUCUUAAGAGAUUUUAUUUAUACAUAAUUUUUAAACCUUGAUUUCUUCCUAUCCCACAAAUACUGUGAAUUGUUUCCAUUAUUUUUCUUAGCUAAAUCCUCUGACAAUAGAUUUAUAGCACUUAACCUAAGGAGUCAUUAGAGGUUAUAGUAAACCAGAUUUUCUCAUGGGGCAGAGAGAGAUGCCCUUGUGGGAAACCAUAUCACUAUGUCUUUUCUGUUAGGUAGAACUCUAAAGUUAUAGAUCUUGAACUGGAUCCCGAUUCAGAACUUAAAAACCUGAAAAUCAAAGGGUAGUUCUAGUUUAUCUUCCACAAUAGUCAUUAUUUGGAAAUAAUUUUUACAAAUAUAUACUAUCAUGUCCUCAAACACUGCCUAGCUUGAUUGAAAACAGAAUGUUAUGUGGAUGUUAUCUGAGAGCUAUAGGGUCAACAACAAAAAGGGAGAAAUGUUUAGUAGGGAAGUAGACCAGUUGUAAGGCAUCACUUGUAAUUAUGAACUAAUUUGUCUUCUUUUUUACCUUUUUAUCUGCUGUUUAGUCUCAAUGAAUUAUUGUACACAAUGUUAGACAUUUGUACACAAUGUUCUGUUUUGCCUGUCUGUGGCAUUUUCACUUGGAGGUAUUGAACCUCAGGAACAGAGCUAGAGAGGAGAAUGAGGGUAUGUUAAAGAAGGAAAAAUAGGAGCUUUUUGCUCAUGGAUUUGAAGGUCCACAGAUCUAAAUGAGAAAGAAAGCUCUUCAUUUCUAACCCUAAAUUAAUUUAAUGCAGUGCUGAGAAGAAGACUAUCAAGAGGGAUCAAAGCUCAGUUCUGAAUAGUCUUUGGAAAGCAGCAUUUCUUGGUUAGUUGCUUUCCUCGCUGUCUCCCAAGUAGCUGAUAGAGAUCUCAAAACAGAAAACCCAGUGUGAUGGGCUCUAGCUCUUAAACUAGGUGAGCAGUUUCUUAUGUACAGCCAAUUCCUUGAUAAGGAUUCAGAGGGAAAACCAGCAAUAAAACAUUUUAACAUGCAGUUUUGGGGCUCCCAGGGGACUUGCUUUUUCAUGGAGUUUAAGCUCUUGCUGCAACACAGCUCUGUACCAUCUGGGAUGCUAGCAUUCACAGCGGUUAGUUUGGAUAUCUGAGCUGUCUGCCAUGCAAAUACCAGCCCAAGGAGAUCAUCAUUCUUCAGUUUCAUUCAGUGCUUAAUGAAUGCCAAAUUAAUUGGCAGGAAGGAAAAACACUGUGUGAUAUAGGAACAGGCCUGUGUGCAUGAUUAAGGAGUUACUCAAGUAGCCAAUUUUGAGCUUAAUUUCUCUCCUUUGUUAACAAAUCUCAAGAAAGGCUUUGUUACAAUUUAGCUAGUGUCAUUUGGUUGGUGUUCAUUUUCUAACCCUUUAAAAUAGGAAGAAAAUUGUCAUUUCGUGUUUAACUUCUAACCCAUACAGAAUUGAACUGACAUCAAUUUAGUUUCCAUGUUUUAAAAUAAAUUAAUUAUACAUAA